CUGUCCAUUUCUGCUGCUUGAGCUGCUGAGUUCCUCCAGCACUUUGUGUUCUGCAAAAGAUUCUCCAAGCUUGAUUCCAAGCGGGCAUGCCUGUACUGUAAGUGCACACCUGGGGAACAUAGGAGGCCCAUGGUCAGACCCAUACUUCUCCAGUGCCUCCUCAACGACCUGUGCUUUUCUCUCAGUGAAGUUACCGUCAGAUUUCCCACAGCUGAUGAGGUAACCUUCCCCUCCCCUGCCUGUCAAACCGUGAUGUCACAGUGACCAGAUCUGUCUGACCCCCAGCAUCAAAACCAAGGUCACCUGGUGUCAUCUACAGAGAGCUGAGAUUUGGUUAUCAAACAUCAUUAGUACUGGAACAAAACCACUAACCUGUGGAGCAGAUCAUGCAGAUAGAUAACAGGAGAAAUAAUUAAAGAAAUAAACUCAGAUUAUUUAUUCAGCCUGAGGUUGGUGUGCCUACAAAAUAAUGCAAAGCUUCUUAGACAUUGCUCCUUUAUCGUUCAAUUCUUCCCGGUCCAGUUCCCCGUCAAUCACGACAAUUCUUGCAGAGAUUCUCAGAACUGAAAAGAUGUGACUUCUCUCCAGAUUUCAAAAUGUGUUUCCCAUGGCCACGUCUAUAAAUGGCUGCAGGGUUUAUGACGCCUUCAAAAACUUCACAAUUGCAAAUUAUUACAGCACUGGUGUGAACUGGUUUACACAUACGGCUACCUCGCAAUAAAUUGGAAAAAAACAUGGCCAUGCACCAUGUCUGGAGACACAUUUCUGACAGAGUUAGGAUAUAAGCUAGGGAAGACCAUUGGUGAAGGCAGUUACUCCAAAGUUAAAGUAGGCAGUUCCAAGAAAUACAGGGAGAAUGUUGCUAUAAAGGUGGUCGACAGGAAGAAGGCUCCCCCGGACUUUGUUAAUAAAUUCCUGCCAAGGGAGUUGGCCAUCUUGAGGGGGAUCAAACACCCUCACAUUGUUCAGGUCUAUGAGUUCAUUGAGGUUUGCAAUGGGAAGCUCUACAUUGUCAUGGAGCAGGCUGCCACCGAUCUCCUGCAGUUGAUUCAGCACAGAGGCCACAUUCCAUGCAACGAAGGCCGCCACCUCUUCUCCCAGAUCGCCUGCGCAGUCAAGUACCUUCACGAGCACGAAAUUGUCCAUCGUGACCUCAAGUGUGAGAACAUCUUGCUGACCGAAGAGAUGCAGGUAAAGAUCACAGACUUUGGAUUCGGGAAGAAACUUCACGGCCACCCUGACCUCAGCAGCACCUACUGCGGCUCAGCUGCCUACGCCCCCCCCGAGGUCCUCAUGGGCGUGCCUUAUGACCCCAAGAAGUACGACAUCUGGAGCCUGGGGAUCAUCCUCUACGUGAUCGUGACCGGUUGCAUGCCAUUUGAUGACUCCAACAUCAGCAAGUUGCCCAAGAGCCAGCAGAAGGGGGUGGUUUACCCCGAAAGCAUCCAACUAGAGGAAAAAUGCCAGGCACUGAUCAGAGAGCUGCUGCAGUUCUGCCCCUCAGGACGGCCGUUGGCCAGCCAAGUCAUCAAGCACGCCUGGAUCAGAGAGAACAAGUAGGAGCACAGCCCCGAGGGCAGCCACUGUUAAUUUCCGCGUAGUGUUACCAUAACGACCUAUCUAAACCAUUCUCAAUUAAACCUUUGAAAGUGAACAAA